AAUGAGUUUGUGGAUUUCAUCAUCUACAUAAUGUAAUAUCACUCAUAGAUUCAGAGUGUGUGGAGAAAUGUAGAGAUUAAAGAAACAAGGACAAAAACCAGGCUGGAUUGACAUUAAAAACAGACAUGACGCUGGAGUGGAAACCACUGCAAGGACUCAAAAUCACUUUCAAAACACACUUUCUGUAAACAUAGUUGGUCAAAGCAUCCACAGGUUAAAUCUGGACCAUGCAAACAGGAAGCCAGAAUAAAUAUAUGCUCCAGAAACACCUGCAGCUUCUCUGGGCCUGAGCUCAAUCUUUUUUGGAAAUCACAGAUGCCUUCUCGGGGCGGCACAGUGGUGUAGUGGUUAGCAAUGUCGCCUCACAGCAAGAAGGGGUUUGAAUCCGGGUCAGGGCGUUUCUGUGUGGAGUUUGCAUGUUCUCCCUGUGUCUGUGUGGGUAUACUCCGGGUACUCCGGUUUCUUCCCACAUCCCAAAAACAUGCAGAAGUGGGGUAAGGUUAACUGGCCACUCUCAAAUUUCCCGUAGGUGUGAAUGACAGCGUGGAUGGUUGUUUGUCUCUAUAUGUCAGCCCUGCAAUAACUGGCGACUUGUCCAGGGUGUGCCCUGCCUUCGCCCAAAGAUGCUGGGAUAGGCUCCAGCCCCCCCACAACCCCGGGAACGGGAAUAAGCGGUACAAUAUGGAUGGAUGGAUGGAUGGAUGGAUGGAUGGAUGGAUGGAUGCCUUGUCCUCUGUACUAAAGAGGGACCUCCAGGCUUGUAUCAGCGCACCAUCCAAGGUGCAUAAGUGGCCAUGACAUGGAUGUCUUGCACAUCUACAAGGGCAUUUUCAAACACCAUAAGCAGAUACUACCAUCCAAGUGUCUCAUUCAGGAAAGACUUGUAUUUUUCAGCAAAACGACGCCAAACCACAAGGCAGCUGCAUGGCUCUGUAGUAGAAGUGUACCUGUUGUGCCAAUUUUUCAAAGCAACACAAAAUUUGGUAUGAUUUGGUCCAUCAUGAAACAAAAAAAUACAAAAUCAGAGACCCUGAAGUGUUGAGCAGCUAAAAUCCUAUAAAAGGCAUGAAUAAGAUAACAGUGGGUAAAAAAGAGGGCAGCUCAACACAAUGGCACAUGAACUAUUUUGGGGGUAUUAGGGCCGUACACUAAAAUACUUAAAGUUACAUUGUCAGCUUCAAUGUCAUCAAGAGAAACCAAUUAUAGCCAUAACUGUACUUGUGCUGCACUUGCAAGCCUGUACAAGUUUAAUAGCUGCAGCACCUAUAACAGCUUUAAUGCCAUACAUCACCAUCAAUUAUUGAGUGUUCAGCUGGCCCUCUCAUCUUAAAUGCAGCAGUAGCCAUUCUUGCAGGAUCAUCAUUUAAGUAAUAUGGGGCUUAAGCAGAUAACUUUUAGUGGUAUUUUAGUCUCAACAUUACCUGCAGACAGGCCCACAGAUUUGGUCCUCCGGCUCCACAUGAUUGGCAGGUUCCCUACAGGAAGAUUAGGACAACAUAAGGAGAAGGAUCAUGAUAAAAUACUGCAUAUACAAUGGCACUUAGGUUCCCUCAGAAAGGGCUGUAACAAAGCUUUACUCCAGUUAUCGUGGUUAAAACUGCAAAUAUGGAUUGAUGCAGUUAACAUUCACAGUGGCAUGUACACUCAUCAACAUGGACUGGGCAUCUCUGACAUUGUGAAUAACAUUGGUAGUGAAUGAAUGACACCCACCUUGGAUUUCUGAAGGAGGUCCUCCUUGGUUACCUCUCCUAUGGAGUCCAGGUGAGGACAAAUGUCUUGCUCAGCCAUAGCUACUCACUUUAUCUUCAGGUUGACGUCUGCUUAUUUGACAGUGAUAAGAAAGCUGUGGUGAUUUAGGUGUUACAGCUGAGCUAGCCCUGUCUGAACACAAACAGACAUGCGAUCUGCAGCCAUAGAAACUGACGCACCUUGCCUCUGACAGUCAGAUUACACGUACAGCUGUAGUAAUGCUCAGGCCACUUUUUCACAAUGACAGCCCAUAUUUACCUCCAUUAUCUGACAGCUCUGCAAAAGGAAAAGGCCUUAUGUUUACCAACCAAAGCUCAGAGAUCAUCUCCUGGCUGCAACGAUGACAACAUCUGUUAUAAUUGGUUUGUAUUUACCAAAGCGAGCAGCUGCCACGUUGAUAAUCUCUAUUUUCACGCACCGGGUCAACAAUCCAUGCUGGAUGUGGAGAGAGACCGUGAUAGAGCAAAAAUAUCAAGGUGCCGAGCCGAGAGACGCGAUCCCCCGGCCCACCAUCCCCAAACAACUCCGCCCCCUCCCAUCCAGAGUCUGCACGGUCCUUUACGUCAUGACGUAGAACUGCAGAAGGCGGAGACAGAAGAGGGACGUCAGCACGACGCUCGUAAAUUUACCGUUAGAUUUUACAGAUAUUCUUAUGAAGUAUUACUUAUUUGCAAAAAUGUUCUCCUGUUAUUACUUAAGUAACUUUAUCUGACUUUUAACCUAAAUAAAUAUAAAACAUUAAGCACUGUUAAGAGGCGACGUAUGAGCGUGCAUCAGUUUAAUGAACCCCCCAGAUACUUAAGGACAAGUGUUCCGCCUCUCCAUACAUUAUGAGAACAUGGAUUAAAGUGAACGAAACAAAAAUUAUCCUUUGUAUUUUUUAUGAUUAUUUUUUUUUUUUACAUUGCCUUUAUUACAUACCUAAGGGUCUCAAAUUACCCCAAGAUAAAUCAUCUCUCUUGUUCAAUAAGUGUAUCUUUUAACUCUUAAAUUCAGUUUGGUCAAACUGGGAAAUACAACUUUACCUAGUUUUCUUACUGAUGUGAAAAAAGGGAUCCGGCCAGACUAAUAGGUUCUCUGAGAAUAUAGUCAGACCACUUUUUUGGCAUUCUAUAUUAUCAAGACAGUUAUGUUUACACUCAUUCUGUUGGUUUGCAAGGAUGCACAACAUCUUAAAAUAUGUGCAGAUACACUAGUUACAGACAAAACUAUGAUUGCCUUGAUGUAGUGAUCCAGAAUAUUAAAAAUUGCUCAUCUUACCCCACUUUCCCCUGCCUGUUUCAUGGGCAACUAUGUUGUUUGCGUAGAUCCAACAUAUAGCAUAUAUCUGUCAAGCCAUUUAAGCUCCUCUGAGAAUUUUUUUUUAGAUACUUACGAAAUAGAUUGAAAUUCAUACCGAUGCCUUUAUACAUAACAUAACAUACAAAAGCAAACAAGACCAUCAGUGUUGAGAUGAAGACUGUUUGGAGAAAAAGAUGCUGAAAGUUUUAUUAAGUUUUAUGAACUACAUUGCAAGUAGGGGAUUUGACCUCAUGUUGUAGCUCAUAGAUAUCACCAUUGAUGUAUAAAACAAAUUUAAAAUGAUCUUUUUUUGUCUAACCACAAUUCUAAUAAAACUUAGGACCGACUAAAUUCACUUUCAAGAGUUUUUUUGUUUUUUUGUUUUUUUUUAAAUAAAUGUCUAACCCCUUCACCCAUGUGCUUCUAACCUUCACAGACUCCAUGAAUUGAUGCCCAUCUCCUGAAUAUUUGGUCACACGAUCAAUUUCUUUUACCGUUUCCAAGCAACAGGGGGUGGCUCAAUUUACCCCACUAUUCCCUACAAUUUACUGUGGGCCGACAUUAUUAUUUUGUAGUACCGUAACUAUUUUAACUAUUAAACUGUUAUAUGCCAUCCCAUAUGACCUAUGUGACUCACUGUGAAAACACGUUACGGGAUUUUUUGUUUUUACAUUUAAAUAUGUAUAAAGACAGUAAAAUCUUCCGCUCUCUGACUGAGUGCUGCGUACACGCCAAACAAAACCAGGCAGAGUUUCAGCGUUAUUACACGGAUCCAGAAUCAGAAGUCUUAUUCCUCAAAUUAGUAAUCUCAACCUGACGAGUUUGUUCAAUCUGACUUCAGAUCAGCCUCUUCCAGUCCACGUACCCACAGAGCAAACCUCGCGGUAUUUAGCUUACCCAGAAUCCCUCUGCCUUCCUUUCUGCCUGAACCGACAUGGUGGGUACAUAGCUUUCCAUUCUGAGAAAUCUGAAGAACUGUUGUAUCUAUCUUCAUCCUUGCAUUUACGCUUAUUCAUACAUCGCAAAUUAUAUGUAUGGUUUCUCUAAAGCUUUGUGUUGUAGGUUCAGUUAAUAUUAAGAGCAGAUGUGACAUAGUUUUUUGGAAAAACUUGUUUGAAUGUACCCCGGUGUAGCCGGUUCGAGAUGUGCUGUGACUGCUGGUGGGAGCUAAAGCUAACGUGGGUGAACACGCCUGAUUUCUGGAGUAGUUUGUCUAAAUUGAGAUAUCGCAUUUUGACGGGUGAAGCCAAUUUUUAAUAUUUUGGACAGCUGGACGUAUGACGGCAGUUGAAACCUUGUUAAAUGCGUAGUUAGUGUGUGUCCGGCUCGUUUGUUGGCCGACUUUAAUGGGCCUUAGCGUCGCUUGGUGAUCCUAAUGUUAUUACUCGCAGUCGUGGCUACGAUAUUGGCCACGUCUUGCUAUGAUUUCACUGUAAUGCCUUGUCAGUUUUCUCACUUAGGGUUAUGUUUACAUACCCACUGAGCUACAUGUGAAUUGACUGUAUGGCUUCCUAGUAGUUUGGGUUUUGGAUGAGGUGAAUUUGUUAGGCAAGGGAUGCUAAUCCCAGGCAUGAUGGCAGACUACCUGACAUAUUAAAUGUCUCUCCAAAACUCAUAAUUGUAAAGUUAAACUCUGAAUUGAAGGAGCAGUUGUAGCUUUAACUCAUGUCACACUUAGGGAAGCAUGUGUUUUUCUUGUUUAGUCUCUUCCUGAUUUAAUCAUGUUUCUCUUUCAACAGCCUAAGGGAAAGAAGGCUAAGGGGAAGAAGGUGGCACCUGCCCCUUCAGUGGCCAAGAAACAUGAGGCCAAGAAAGUCGUCAACCCCCUGUUUGAGAAGAGGCCAAAGAACUUUGGCAUCGGUAAGUAGCCCUGAGCGUGAUUUUAGUAGUAUUGGGAGUGAAAUGGGUGCAGAUGAUGUAACCGAAUAUUUGCUAUCUUAACAUCACUGAUGACAAUUUCCCACCAAGAUCGCUGAUGCCCUGUAGUUUGGCAAAAAGCAGUUUUUUCCCAGUUUAAUUCGGUCCACUAAUAUGUAUAUUACGUCCUUUAACCACAGGCCAGGAUAUUCAGCCCAAGCGUGAUUUGACACGCUUUGUCAAAUGGCCUCGCUACAUCCGCCUGCAGAGGCAGCGCUCCAUCCUCUACAAGCGUCUGAAGGUUCCCCCUGCAAUCAACCAGUUCACCCAGGCUCUGGACCGCCAGACUGGUACGUUUCCAAAGGCCUUUUAGUUCUGGAUAUAAAGCAUCUCAUAAUUAUCAUGCUUUUUGCAAAUGAUGUGAAUGCCUUUCUGCUCACUGAGUGACAGUGCUGACACUUCCACCAAGAUCACUGAUGCAGUUACAUCUCCCAAUGCGUGAAGCAAGCUGUGCAUGUGGCCGCUCUUUGACACUUAGGGUAAUUACUGCAAUGUGUUUGUUUUGUCUUAAUCAGCCACACAGCUGUUCAAGCUGGCCCACAAAUACAGGCCAGAGACCAAGCAGGAGAAGAAGCAGAGGCUGCUGGCCCGUGCCGAGCAGAAGGCCGCUGGAAAGGGAGACACCCCAACCAAGAGGCCCCCUGUCCUCCGUGCAGGUGAGCGAUUUAAGAUCUGAAAGCUGUGAGAAGAGAUUAUUUGUUUUGAAGUGAAAGAUGUUAUUUGCUCAUCUAACUUGGCCUACCUGCAGUGAUGACUUGAAUUUCUUCACCUGAAGCACCUUGAUGCUUAUUGAGCUUUUUAACCCUGAGCAUUGGCCAAAACUGAUGACAGAAUCUUGAAGCAGGAUGCUAAGAAACGAGUUUAAUGUAGUUUCUCUUCUCUUAAGGUGUGAACACUGUCACCUCUCUGGUGGAGAGCAAGAAGGCCCAGCUGGUCAUCAUUGCCCACGAUGUGGAUCCCAUUGAGGUGAGUUUGACCUUUUGUCCAAACCCCCAGUAGCACAAGUUUUUUUCCUCCUCAAAGUGGUCGCUGGCAAUGAUGUUUGAAUUUCUUCACCUGAAUCCUUUUGUGUGGAUCAAAACACGAGCUUUUUAACCCUGAGCAGAGACCAACUAAGAAAUACCGUUUUCCCACAUUUUUGGUUCCAAGUGUUCAGUUUUGGAUUAUGUCUAAAUUUUAUUUCUUUCUCUUUUCUGUUUUGCUGCUUCUCCAGCUCGUCGUGUUCCUGCCAGCUCUGUGCCGCAAGAUGGGUGUCCCAUACUGCAUCGUCAAGGGCAAGGCUAGACUGGGCAGACUGGUGCACAGAAAGACAUGCACUUCAGUCGCCUUCACACAGACCAACCCGUGAGUAUUCACACAACUGGUCUAGAUGUAAGAGCAGCUUUACUGGCCAGAAUGAAUUCAGGAAACUUGUUGGCAAAGUGAUUAUCCUUCAUUCCAGCAUACAUGUCAAAAUCCUGUUCUGGAGCAUUUAAUAGAACAGAUGUCUUAAUUUGUUAUCGACUUGUCAUCAGUUUCUCUCUUAUUGUUCUUCCCUAGUGAGGAUAAAGGUGCACUUGCCAAGCUUGUGGAAGCCAUCAAGACUAACUACAACGACAGAUAUGAGGAGGUAAGUGCGAGAGGGAACCUCUCUAUUGAGUAUAAAAAUGAAUGAAUAAUUUGCAUCAAAGAACAAGCUUUCAUCGAUUUGUAAAUGCUUUUAUCCUUGUUUUUUUUCCAGAUCCGUCGUCACUGGGGAGGUGGAAUCAUGGGUCCCAAAUCCACAGCUCGCAUCAGUAAGCUUGAGAAGGCAAAAGCCAAGGAACUGGCAACCAAGCUUGGUUAAAUUGUUUGGAAUAAAAAAUGUAUGUCCUAAUGGAGCGAGAGACGUGUUUUUAUUGUCAUACUAAAAUAUAUGAACCAAGUUUGAACUGUAGAUCAUUCAUUUACCACAGUCUAACUAGUAGCUACAGGAGUAUUGAUUGAACAUAGUCAAAUAGAAGCAGAAUUUAGUUUAACUUCCUGUUUUAAUCCCUCCUGGGGCUGUUGCUUUGCUGUGAUGCUGCACAUAAACUUCACAGAUCAAGUGUACUAAAAUUUCUGCCUAGACAGUCUGUGGUCUUGACAUGAUGUUACAAAAGUCAGAUUGAGAGCAAAACAAGAGAUUAACACUAGAUAUGCAAUCUUCUUAAAAUACUUAAACAUAGUUUGAAUAUACUUGAAGACUCCAAAAUUAGGCAACUGGACUGUGUAGAGUUGAGAAGACGUUUCGCCUUUUAUCCAAGAAGAUUCUAAAUGUCUUCUCAACUCUACACAGUCCAGUUGCCUGAUCUUGGAGUCUUCAAGAAAACCAUAACCUGGAUGAAUGAGAAUCUACAUGGACAGUUGGAAUAUACGAAUUCUUUCAGCUGCUAAGUUUUAGUGUACUGGAAAGCAAUCAGCAACAUAUUGAGCACAGAACAAUUCAAGAGCAGAAACAGUAUUAAUUUAUUCAUAUGUUUCUAGAGAAUCCACAGCUAUUUACACUUUUGUUUAUGCAGUAAACAAGAUUACAUUGUACAUUAAGAAUAGAAGUUGCUUGUGACAUCUCGGUUCGGUCACAUCAGACAAUUCUCUUGAUGAACUUUGCAAACCACAUGUAUGAGGUGGCUGCACACAAACCAUACCUAAGGAGGAAAAGAGAAGACUCAUUUAGAUAUCUUGAAAAAGUGAAUCACAGCAAAGUGUGACACUUAUAGAAAACAUCAUCCAAACCCACCAUGUUAUUAUGUACUGCAUGUGCUCAUUCCUCAGCGUGACUCUCGUCUGUCCACCUAUUGGUCCACCAGGAAUAGUGCUCCCUGCAUCAUGAGACACUCAGAUUAGAUUUAUUUCUACACAGUAAUAUCUGUAGGUGUAACAGAAGCUUUAACUGUAGAACAAUAAUCAUGACAUACUUUAUUUAAUCUAAUCUUCACUAAAAUGGAGAGAUAAUCAUGGACUAGAUAGAUGUGUAACCAUACUGAAGUCUGCAUCGAUGAAGAUGGGUUCAGCUCCUGUGACAGCAGACAUGGCCUCCAGGUCUCGGUAAUGCCAGCGGUUUCUCUCCACAUCGUUGUUUGGUACGAAAGGUUUACGUUGUUCUGUCAACCUGACGACCCCGACCACCUCCAUCUCACCCUCCACCUUCACAGAGGAAACAUCACAGUUUUUUAUAACCAACUUCAGACUGCAGAGUAAAAUGUAAGACUAAGAGGGGAAAACUUCAGGGGGUAGUUUGAGUUUUUUUUAAGACUAGGUUUUAUGAGGCCGUCACUUGUAACCACUGAAGAUCUUUCGGUCAAAAUGCCCUGAUGUGUCACAUGAUCUGAAAAACUAACCUGUCCCUUCAGCCUGGUCUCUGGCCUUAUCUUCUGUUUUGGGACGUAUCCUCUGUUCACCAGGAUUGUGAUGCUAGAGGUGAACGCAGCAGAAAUCAGUGAAAGUUGGUUACAAGAUGUAACACCAACCAGUAACUAUCCAGCAAUUAAAGGUUUAAAGGGAUAUUCCGGCGUAAAAUUAAUCUAGGGUCAAACACACCGUAACACAAAGUUAGACAACCCCCCCGAGAGAUUAAUGUGGCUGACUGCUUGCUUUUCUAGUUAUACCAACUUCAGCAUUGACCGCACAUUAGCAAUACACAGCAGUCAUAAACAAACCUCAACCAAAACGCCACUCUAUAGCCACAAAUAAUGCUCAGAACAGCUCCUAACUUCAUCAACAGUACAUAUAGGGUCCCAGCCAUAGUACUAGCCACCAAACAUCUUUUUAACUUUGCCUAAUUUCUUUAGCAAAGAGACUAAACACAACUUACCUACUCUCUUCCAGCAGCCGCUUGUUUGUAGCAAGACCUCGAGCCAGUCCAUUACAGACUAUAGCGGGGUGAUGCAGCUCAAGGAAGAACAUUUAUGAUAAUUUUUUCAUGGAAAUGCAAUCAGACCGAGAUGUUAAGGCAGAAGAACUACCGUGUCUGCAGUGCAAAAUGAUUAAUAGGGUGAUUAUUACUACAAGGAAAUGAUAAAGAAAUGAUCAUUAAUGUUUUUGUUAACUCGGUGUUACGGUGUGUUUGACCCUAAAUUAAUUUUACACUGGAAUAUCCCUGUAAAUCAGCAAAGUGUACCCGAGGUCAGUGCAGUAGAAUGGCGUGAUGACAUUGGCGCCGGUCUCUCCACUUGAAGACAGCCUGCCAGCUUCUCUGGCCUCUUUCUCGGGGUCAACAGGAGACCGAGGCAGGAUGUACAGCUCCUGUGAGUGGUCGUAUUGUCCACGCACUCUGACCCUCCUGUACUCUAAGCUGUUCAGCUCAUGGGGACUAAGAAAAACAAACAUGUCAGCAUGUAGUUGGGAGAAAUGGGUAAAGCAUUUUUGUGGAGGUCAAAAGCAUGUGCUACCUUAAAUCACGAGGGCAGAGGUUUUUAUUAAUUCAUCUGAGUCUACCUCUUUUGAAUAAAUGCAUGUUUGAAACUAAAAA